AGUGCUUCUAAUCUCAGGAACAAAAACAGAAUUCGGUGUAGCAUAUUGACAGCACUCCCCCUAGGAACUUCACUUUUCCAAAGGGCAACCGUAUGCCAUCGUCUUUGGCCAUCAAUUUUUGACGCUUAAGGAAUCCAAGAGCUCAUCAAGUAAAAGGUCAUCCUGAUCCUGACCGCGAUUCAAAAAGUAUGACCUCUUGGGUGAAUCACACCUCGGCAACGAUGCAACCUCAGACACACACGGACCGUGGCUCGCCCGUCCCAGGGUCCCAUCACUCCGCUCGCACCGGCAGGAGUGCAUCAGUCAUGCAGCAUCAGCAACAACAACAACAACAACAACAACAACAGUUACAUCUGCAGCAGCAACAACAACAACUCCACUUACAACAACAGCAGCAACAACUUCACCACCACCAACAGCAGCAGCAGCAGCGGCAGCGCGUAGUAGCGCAUGGCUAUCCCCAACAGCAGCAACAGCAGUUCGUCUUCCAGCCUCCGAAAGGCUACCCCAUGAUGCAACAUCCAGCCCCACCGCUACAGCAACACCAGAUAUCGAUGCAACAGCACCAGCAUGCUCAGUUUCGCCAAGCACCGCCCGCCCAAGUCCAUCACCCCGCCAAUGGCAUACCUAUGCACGCACAACCUCCCCACCAUCAACCACCAGCCUUCAUCCAGCACCGUUCAUCCAGCAACAACAAUACCCAUGUUGGAAGCGGGCUUCACAGACCCGGAACCCUGGCGUCGAUGCCGAAUGUCCAAGGAACCUAUAGCACCUACGGGUCUCGGAUCCGAGAACUCGGUAACGCGUUAGUGUUACCACCUGCGUUGGGACGGAAGGCCAAACGGGCCGCGGUGGCCUCGAUGUUGGAAUCGGAUGAGGACGAUUGGGAUUUUGAGGAGGACGGGUCGAGGCGGGGCACGCCUAGUCGGAUGCAGAGGCAGUUGGAGAAGGAGAGACUGGAAAAGGAGAAGAAGGCAUGGGUUCGUCGGCCGAGGAAGACGCGGCAUGUUUAUAAUCCACAGGGUGUCCUAGAAGCGAGUGCGGAUCAGGACGCGAUCUUGGUCCCGAUCCGGUUAGAAAUCGACACGGACGAGGUCCGACUGAGGGACACGUUUACCUGGAACGUAAACGAGCAAUUGGUGUCGCCCGAACAGUUUGCAGAGAUCCUGUGCGAGGAUCUGGACCUGAGCGUGAUGAAAUUCGCACAGGAGAUCGCCCAAUCAAUCCGGAACCAGAUCGCAGAAUUCGAACCCAUCGCCGAAGUACUCGUACCGAACGAGGGGUCGCGCGUUAUCAUCCAGCUCGACAUAAACGUCGGAGGCGUCAACCUACGCGACCGAUUCGAAUGGGACGUCGGGUCCGAAUUGACACCUGAGGAAUUCGCCCGACAACUGGCCGCGGAUCUCGGCAUUGGCGGAGAAUUCGUCUCGAUGAUCGCACACGAGAUCCACGAACAGAUCUAUCGGUUCAAACAGGAUCGGCUCCUGGACCGAGGCGGACUUUUUGAACGGGAACCCCUGUACUCUGGAUUCAGACCGGUCGACGAUGCAGAGAACUGGUGCCCCGCUCUCGAGACCCUCACGGCGGAGGAGCAGGAGAAGGUCUUGGAGGCGAGUGAUCGUAGUGUUCGUCGAAACCGAAGAGAGACAUCACGCUGGAACAACCGGCGCAGAAACAACGCUGGUGGAGGCGGUAUUGGCGGCGCUGGAUAUGUGGGCAAAUACUUCCUCGGUGGCACCACAGGGAGCGGUAAACGCGGACGACCCUCCAAGAGCACAGUCAUGAACAUGGAGCCGUAUGAGGGCUGGCAAUGCCAACAAUGCGGACUCGCUGCGUUUUCAACCGUCGUUCUGCGGUCCGGUCCCGCCGGUGAAAAGACGCUGUGCAACACGUGUGGUCUUUACUGGAGUGUUUACGGAACCUUACCCGAGGACAGGAAAGAUCUGUUUGUGUUCCAGAGCGAUGAGAAGGCGGGCGAGGCAAGCGAGGCGAAAGUAGACGAUGCAAUUGAGGGGUCGAUACAGCAGGCAACUGAGGUUGUAGAAACUGCAGCAGCACCAGUAGCAUUGGCAAACUGAAUCGAUGACAAUAAAGAACCAUACCCUGCCCAUCCUCAUG